AUGCCGAAACACCGUCCGACUGAGAUCUCACUCAUCGACAAUCUUCGUCUUCUGGCGGACGAUCCAAACGUGGCCAGCGUCAGAUGGGGGGAAGACGACAGGGAGUUGGUGCUGCGGGAAGGCAGGUAUGUCGUGGAGGUGCUGAAGAGAAGAAACCGACUGCUGCCAGUCACCGUGUUCAGCACCCUAGCGGAGAAGAUGGUUCAACACGGGCUCGUCUGGACGGAGUCCCGCCUCGUGGAGGGGGACGUGGAGCACAGCUUCAAGAUGGAGCACACCGAGCAAGACACAGACCUAAGACGCCUUGCAACAGACAUCGUCGCGUCUUCCUCCAUUCCGGACGAGUCGCCAGUCGGGUCCGUGCGUCCCCCCGCUGCCUUCCUCCCGGCCAGACGCCGUGUGUCCAGCACCAUGCUGGUGGACGCCACGGACUGCCGCCGCUGGACUGGUCAGAUCCCGGGCACGGACUCGUCACCGGACAUCUCCGACGACGAGCUGACGUCAUUCCUGGGCGAGGCCCGACCAAAUAGCAGUGAGGAGGAGGAAAUGGUCAUGCAGCUGGAGAGAAAUCUACAAGACUACACGUCCGGUUCCUCGAGCAGCGACCUUGAGACGCUGGGGUCUCCUGAAGACGUUGGUAGCAGCGACCUGCCCGCGUUUGCGAUGGAAAAAUCAGACGUUGAGCAACAGGAUGAGAACCGAAAUAUGGCGAGGGCAAAAACACACGGGGAAACCGCCCCGGGAACAUGGCUGCUUUCUCCUGGGGAGGUUCUGGACAGCAGCACUGCUAAGUUUGAAGUAGGAAACGUCCCUGUGUUUGAUGGAGACGAGAAAGAACAAGAGCUGUUAAGAAAGAUGUUAGCGGCACACAGACAGGAAGAUCUGGUGGUCUGUCCUCCUGUUGUCUGUGAGAGCACUGCGGCGAUGUCUGAUGUCAUCACAUCUAUUGUGCAAGAAGAAAAAGAGAUGAUGAUGAUGUCGAGCCCCCCGGGAAUCUCUUCUAGUCUUCAUGGCGAUACGUUAGAAGGCAGCGAUGACGCCAGACUGAGAGAAGACCUGCCAAUCAUAAUACAAGAGGCGGGGUUUUCCAUUCCGGAGAUGUCUUUGACUAAUCUAGAGGAACAGGAUCUAAGUGACCCUCAGCGGACUAAGAAACGGAAAGUGGAAUCUCCAUCUUUCUUAACUCAACUUCUUACCGAGCACCAGAAUCUCUAUCUGGGACAUGAGCUCCGUCAGUCUACAAGUGCGCCAACAAGUCCACCGAAUAGAGAGGAGACAGAGCGAGUUUCUCCGGGCCAGUUGUUGGAAGACCCACAUCUGACAACCAUAUCGCCCAAGCCUGCCACUCCGGCUGAUUCUACCGACAGUUUCCUGGACUUGCUGGGAUACGAAGAAGAUUCGCACGCUCGGAGCACGGCAGAGGACGGGACCAAGAGACGCCGGGCGGAGAACAAGGGGACCACGGUGGAACGCGUGGACCUGGUGGAAGCCCCACCCGCCACCCGUGCUUACAGCCCGUACACCGACGGUCACCAGCGGCCUCACGUGGACAGGCAGCCGGCGAUUGGGUACGUACACGCUACUAAGCCCAAGCUUGUGGAAGAGCUGUUUGUAAACGCAGCAAAAUUGUGGCAAUGUGAAGUGCCGAGCGUUGUUACAGACAUCAGUGAUGUGGUGGCAGGUGACGCCGCCGACGUUUCUCCUCAGUUUUCCUUUUUCGAUCAGCUUUUCUACGAGGAAAUAGAAACACCGUGCCCAGCCACAACCACGGAAUUUGUCCCAAGAAGCCCGUCAAUCCAAUCUCCUCUUGCCGUCAGAAGCAAGAGAAGUUCUCCUGACGAUCACAGCAGUGAGAGAACCACAGAUGUUCCCACCUCCGCCCUGCUCGCCGACAUCGCGGAACUGGUGGACAACCUGACAGCUGCGGACAGUCAACCAGAACCGGACAACGUCAGGGGUACCGAAAGGCACUCACCCGUUACCAUAGCAACAGCAUCGGAACUGGAAGAUGUGUCUCGUUGCCAUGGUAACCAGGUGUGUUGGGACUUUCCUCCAGACUUCUCCACUCUCCAGGCCAUCUGGAUGGAGGACUGGCCCCUGGACCACCGGGCGGAGCAAACGGUUUAA